ACAAUCAUAAAAUCUUUUAUUAGCAAAAUUAUUAUUAUUUUUUUAUUUAUUUUCCAUUUUCUCAUCACAAACAAAACAGUCUUCAAAAACCAGUCUUUAUCUCUUUCUUUGUUUGUUGUGUUAAAAAGCAAACUCUACCUUCAACUGAAUUGAAUCUCAUCUUUACUUUGCUUCUUGGUUUAGGUGUGUAUUUGAGAUUUAAAGAUAAAGAUGCAGCGUGUUAGAUUUUCGUCUCAACAAGCACCGGUUCACAAGCUAGGUGAUCCUCAAAUGACACUAUCUCCCAAGUUUAGGUUAGCUGUGGUUCAAUCUAACUUGACGAGUCAGAUGCCAGAGUUAGAUCAUUCUCUAAGAGAAGAACUCUUAAUUCCGGGCUUACCAGAUGAUGUUGCUCUUAAUUGUCUUCUUCGUCUUCCGGUUCAAAGUCAUUCAUCCUGUAGGGCUGUCUGCAAGAGGUGGCAUAUGUUACUUGGUAAUAAAGAGAGGUUUUUUACUAAUAGGAAGCAAAUGGGUUUCAAAGAUCCUUGGCUUUUUGUAUUUGCAUAUCAUAAGUGUACUGGAAAGAUUCAAUGGCAGGUUCUUGAUCUAACUCACUUUUCUUGGCACACCAUCCCUGCAAUGCCUUGCAAGGACAAGGUUUGUCCUCAUGGUUUUCGGUGUGUUUCAAUGCCUCACGAUGGUACUCUUUACGUAUGCGGCGGCAUGGUCUCUGACGUGGAUUGUCCUCUUGACUUGGUGUUGAAAUAUGAGAUCACGAAAAAUCGUUGGACCGUGAUGAAUCGAAUGAUCAGUGCUAGGUCCUUUUUUGCCAGUGGAGUAAUUGAUGGGAUGGUUUAUGCAGCUGGGGGGAAUAGUACUGAUCUUUAUGAGCUGGAUUCAGCUGAGGUAUUAGAUCCGAUUAGUGGGAAUUGGCGUGCUAUUGCCAACAUGGGAACCAAUAUGGCGUCCUAUGAUGCUGCAGUUCUAAACGGGAAACUUCUUGUAACAGAAGGAUGGUUAUGGCCUUUUUAUGUCUCUCCUAGAGGACAGGUCUACGAUCCGAGAACCAAUAGCUGGGAAACUAUGGCUGUUGGACUUAGAGAAGGGUGGACUGGUUCAAGUGUGGUUGUUUAUGGCCACUUAUUUGUUGUUUCUGAGCUCGAAAGAAUGAAGCUUAAGGUUUAUAACCAGGAAGCCGAUUCCUGGGAAGCCAUAGAUGGCUCCCCUUUGCCUGAGCAAAUAUGCAAACCUUUUGCUGUGAAUGCUUGUGAUUGUCAAAUUUAUGUCGUAGGUCGAAAUCUUCUGGUUGCCGUUGGUCAUAUCUCUAAACUGAACCCAAAAGAAAGUUGCAAGGAGAAAUGGAACUUCGGUGUUCAAUGGCAUGUAAUUGAAGCACCCAAAAGUUUAUCCAAUCUGACCCCUUCAAGCUCUCAGGUGCUAUUUGCAUAGUUUUUUUUUUCAUUAUUAUGUAAUAUUAUGUUGUGAAUGUUGUUUAAAUAUAGUUAUUAGAGGUCUUAAUGUUGUAAUAGCUAUGUGAGUGUAACUUACUUUAAGCAGUUUGAGUUUUAUUAGAAUAGUAUCUUGUGGUUGUUUGGGAAAUGUUUGUAUACUGAUAAUUAUCUUGGUUUUUUCUCCUUGAUCAAUGUCAAUGUUAUUGAUUCUAUCA